UUUUGCAUGUACACUAAAGUUAAUGCAAGCUAUAUAUUAUAUAAAAAGAAAGAGUUUCACUAUUGUAGUUUUCACACAAUAAAACUAUAGUCACCCCCCUUUAAAUACUUGAUAACAACCCUAAUCUUCUUUAUUUGUGUCACUACAAGACAUUUUAUUAUAACCCCCACAAACAAAGUUUGGGGGGUAUAUAGGAAUCACCUUGUCCGUCUGUCUGUGCAAUGGUGUCCGGUCCAUAUUUUUCUUAGAGGGACAUUACAAUCUACUACUCCACACUAAGAUUGCUCAUGACCCAAGGGUGUGUCAUGACCUUGACCCAAGGUCAUUUGGGCAAGUUCAAGGUCACUGGAAGAAAAAUUUCAUAAUUCGUGUCUGGUACAUAUCUUUCUUAUGGAUAAACUUGGUAAAUUCUCAUUUCACACAAAGAUUGCCCAUGAAACCCUAUUUUGUGUCAUGACCUUGACCCAAGAUCAUUUGGGGAAGUUCAAGGUCACUGGAAGAAAAAUUUCAUAAUUCGUGUCUGAUCCAUAUCUUUCUUAUGGAUAAACAUGGUAGGUUCUCAUUUCACACAAAGAUUGCCCAUGACCCAAUUGUGUGUCAUGACCUUGACCCAAGGUCAUUUGGGGAAGUUCAAGAUCACUGUUAGAAAAAUUUCAUAAUUUGUGUUUGAUACAUAUCUAUUAUGGAAAAUAUUACUUCUAAAAAAUCCAGCGGGGGUAUUUUGUCCAGUUUGGACAGUUCUUGUUGUAUCAUAAUAGAUUUAGACAAGUAGAUCGAAAUAUCUGAGUACCUUAACAAAGCACCUGCUCUACUAAAUAUUGCUGAAAUCUGAACAAAAUUGACAUGUUUUAAGGUUUUUGAAACAUCUCCAUUCGAAAUGAACCAAUCUGUCAUUGACACAUACCUCAACCCACCACAAGAAACAGUCGAGGAAAUUCUCCAAUCACCACAAAAAAGAAUGGUUUCAGUCAGAGGUAUUUUACGAAAAUCAUCACAGAUCAUAGAAUCGCCCAAUAGUAAGAGGAAGGAGAUAACAAUAGAGUCGAUGGAAGGUACUUCCCGAGUAGUUUGUAAAUUGUGGGGAGACCAUGCCGACAAGUGUCUGCCGCAGAAUGAUGAAGUCGUGACUGUCUGCAACGUAGAAGUUGCAACAUUUAAAGAUAUAAUUUCACUAAAUUCAACCCUGCUUACUUCCAUAAAGGAAUCCGAAGAGAACACCAUAGUCGAAGGAAAAGUCGAAGGGGUAGAUUUUAGAGAAGAAAAGAUCAACCCAGCAAAGAAACCUAAGAGAGAUUAA